AUGGUGGAGUACUAUGAAGCACUGGGACUUGCCCGAAAUGCGUCCUUAGAUGAUGUUAAAAAAGCAUACAGAAAGAAAGCUCUCAGGUGGCACCCAGAUAAAAAUCCAGACAACAAGCAAUAUGCGGAGCAGAGAUUCAAGGAGAUUGCAGAAGCUUAUGAAGUACUUUCUGACAACAGCAAACGUGACAUCUAUGACCGCUAUGGCAAAGAUGGACUCAUGGGAAGAGGUAGGCCUGGGGGAGCAUCUAGAACCAACAUUGGCCCUGAAUAUAUGUUCCAUUUCCGCAGUGCCCAUGAUGUCUUCAGGGACUUCUUUGGGGGACGGGACCCUUUCUUUGGAGAGCCGAUGGCCUUCAGUGCUUGUGCCAGUGGAGGAAAAGGGUUCCGUUUCUACUCUUCAUCAAGCAACUUCAUCAAUGGCAAACAAAUCACCACCAAAAGAAUUGUCGAGGAUGGAGAAGAACGAGUGGAAGUUGAAGAGGAUGGGGAACUUAAAUCUGUUCUUGUUAAUGGUGUGCCUGUGGACCAAGCAUGUCUUGGGGAAGGGGGAGGGCACUGUGUCCACAGGGAGCCCACCAGGUAUCGGUCUGCUCCACAGUUUUCUUACGAUGAUGAAUAUGAUUCCGAAGCCGUCUAUGAGGUGCGCCCCGUGAGGCGGGCAUUCCCCAUCCGAGAGAGGAGGGGCUACGUAGCCGGGGAUGAGUCUCCGGCAGAGGACAACGAUUCUCACACAGACAGCGAGUCUCAUGCAGAUGAUGGGUUCCACACUGAGGACGACGAAUCCCACAUUGCUGAGUUCUAG